UAUUUACAGCGCGCUCGAUGGUGUAGAAACGGCGUGAAAAAAGGCGAUUGAACGACACACUUUGGGAGAGCGAGAGAGUACCACCACUGCCUCCUCCUCCACUCGAAUAGGCUACAUCUCCACUCGAAUACAUAUCUGUAGUAGAUUAUAGUGCGCUCUGGACAGAAAACGCAUUACACAUUUUUUUACAUAGAAUAACUGGGCUACUCAACGGAUACAACCUAUUUCAAUUCACUUGAGGACCGGACUAUUUAGGACGCUCGACCCCCGCGAAUAAACGGACGAUGGCGCUUACUACCUGUACACGUUUCACGGACGAUUUCCAACUAUAUGAAGAACUCGGAAAGGGAGCGUUUUCAGUGGUGCGCCGCUGUGUCAAACUGUGCACUGGCCAGGAGUACGCUGCCAAAAUCAUCAAUACCAAAAAGCUCUCAGCCAGAGAUCACCAGAAGCUGGAGCGAGAAGCCAGGAUCUGCAGAUUGCUCAAACACUCCAACAUCGUUCGUCUCCAUGACAGUAUAUCAGAGGAGGGCUUCCACUACCUUCUGUUUGACCUAGUGACAGGUGGAGAGCUGUUUGAGGACAUUGUGGCCAGAGAGUACUACAGUGAAGCAGAUGCCAGUCACUGCAUCCAGCAGAUCCUGGAGGCCGUGCUGCACUGUCACCAGUCGGGCGUGGUACACAGGGACCUCAAGCCAGAGAACUUGCUGCUGGCCAGUAAGUGUAAGAACGCUGCAGUGAAGUUGGCUGACUUUGGAUUGGCCAUCGAGGUGCAGGGAGACCAACAGGCAUGGUUCGGUUUUGCAGGUACCCCAGGCUACCUAUCUCCAGAGGUACUGAGGAAGGAGGCCUAUGGGAAACCUGUCGACAUCUGGGCCUGUGGUGUGAUCCUGUACAUCCUGCUAGUGGGGUAUCCUCCAUUUUGGGAUGAGGACCAACACAAACUCUACCAGCAAAUCAAAGCAGGAGCCUAUGACUUUCCAUCUCCAGAGUGGGACUCGGUGACUCCAGAAGCCAAGAACCUGAUUAACCAGAUGUUGACUAUUAACCCUGCCAAGAGGAUCACUGCCCAGGAGGCCCUCAAACAUCCAUGGGUCUCCCAACGCUCCACGGUGGCAUCCAUGAUGCACAGACAGGAGACAGUGGAGUGCCUGAAGAAGUUCAACGCCAGGAGGAAACUCAAGGGAGCAGUCCUGACUGCUAUGCUGGUGACGAGGAAUUUCUCCGGUAAAUUUGGUAGACAGUCUACAUCUCCGGCAUCAAUCACUACGGUGUCUGGAACUACCGCUGGGAUAGUGGAGCAAGCCAAGAGUCUCCUCAACAAGAAGGCUGAUAUCAAGCCUAACAGCACGAGAAACAGCACAGUCACCAGCCCCAAAGGAACCCCCUCUGCUGCACUGGAGCCUCAGACCACUGUUAUCCAUGUGGAUAGGAACAAGGACUCAUCUGACAGCAACACCACCAUUGAGGACGAGGAUGUGAAACUGCGAAAACAGGAGAUCAUCAAGAUCACUGAGCAGCUGAUUGAAGCUGUCAACAAUGGAGACUUUGAGGCCUACGCGAAGAUCUGUGACCCAUGCCUGACGUCAUUUGAGCCAGAGGCCCUGGGGAACCUAGUGGAGGGCAUGGACUUUCACCGGUUCUACUUCGACAACCUUCUCUCUAAGAACAGUAAGCCCAUCCACACCACCAUCCUCAAUCCUCACGUCCACCUGAUUGGUGAAGACGCCGCCUGCAUCGCCUACAUUCGGCUCACGCAGUUUGUCGAUGGCACGGGCCGCCCACGCUCCAGCCAAUCAGAGGAGACGAGGGUGUGGCAUCGCCGGGAGAGCAAGUGGCAGAACGUUCACUUCCACUGCUCUGGAGCACCGGCCGCACCGCUGCAGCAGUAAACCGGAGGAGUAAGAGAGAGGGGAAACUGAGAAAGAGAGUUGUAGAGAGAGAGGAGAGGAGGAUGGAGAGAGAUACCUGCCCCCCCCAUCAUUGCAGCGCUCCCUACUGGCCAGUGCAUGCUACUGCAGCGCAACAACACACAACCUCAACCCUUCCUGGACGGACACACACACACAAGCUGCAGCAUUUGACCGCUACUGCAACCAUAUCAAUCCAUUAGAAAUGUUUUCAGACUCGAACCAACAGUCCUGUAUUCAAGCUCUCCUCUCCCUCUGCUAUAGACCCACCCCUGGCACACAUACAUAUAGGAUCUACAGUUUAAAUCAAGUGUAUUACUAUAUUAUUAUUUAUAUUAUUACUAUUACUACUAUUGUUGUUAUUAUUAUUAUUACUAUUAUUGCUGCAAGUAAGUUGUUGUUGUUGUUAUAUUGAAACUUUAUAAUAUCUUUAAUGGUCCAGUUGAAACUCUUUAAAGUGGUUUGUCCCUGGUUUGUUCUUAAAGGCAAGCAUGACUUCUCCAGUGUUAUUCCCAGUGACUAUUGUUGAGUUGUUCUCCUCCAGUGAAAUCACAUUUUUACUUAACACAUACCAAAAUUAGCUACUCAAAAUGGUGUUGAGUUACAAUUUGCGGGCUUGCAUUUUUUUUCAUGCUUAUUUUCAUGAUGCAAGUACGAAGAACGGACAUUUUCCGUAGCUAAUGGCAUUUUUGCAUUGCGUACUUGUGUAAAGUUGAAGUUAGAUUUAAGGCUGCUUCCCAGCUGGCGUAUGAACUGUCCACACGUUGCACAACAAACCCACUGGAUGAGUGUAGUCGUGUGUUUUUCCUGCUGUUUUUUGCUUGUCUUUUAUUCCGAAAUAUGGAAACAGGCUACCCUCUAAUGAACUGUAUGCUCCCGCACCCCCACCCCACCCCUUUGGCGCGAGAAGACGAGGGAAGGCGAUGCGGCAUGUAUCUUUCUAUAUUGUUGUUAUACUUGAUUCUCUGUGUGUUGAGCAGUGCAAAUAAUCACUGACUAUACCUUACGUUUUAAAUGAUUACACACCAUACUACAGUGUCAUUGUGGUGACUACACUGCAUUAUUUGCAUGAAUUUGAAACACGACGAUAAAUUUGGUGUUAUUGUUAAUUGUGUGGAUUUUUUUUACUGAAUGCUGGUGAUCUAUGAACUCCUAUGUCUAUUUUCUGAACUUUGUAAAGUGCAUCAAAGUAUUUUUGUCUGGAGAGCAUACCGUCAUGAUGAUGAGGAUCGUGAUGAGGAUGGAUAAUGAUGACAAAUGUGUAAUGAUGAUGCUGAUAAACAUGCUUUUGUACAGGCUCUAUUGCUGAGGCAGAGUGGGUUGGUCACUAACAGUGUUUCAUAUGGUUAUUGGUUUGAUUUUAUUGUGAACAGAUUUGGUACCUAUAUAUAUCCAGGGGCAUCAUUUAUAACAUGUUAGUAAGCACAGAUUUGAUCAUAAAUUGUCCAUAUGGCAAAAUCCACAUCAACGAUGUGAUGACAAUAUGCAAUUUACAUAGAUUUUGCAUUAAGUUUUGUGAUUUAUAAAUGAAAAGUGCUUUUUUUGUGAACAACUAUUUAUGGGUGUUGACAUUUAAUCAUAUUUUAAGAAAUGAUUACACAAUUGUGUGAUGGCAGAAAUGUAAUAUAGCAACUAAGAACUUUUAUAAAUGAAGCCCCUGGUCCAGGGGACCCACAUGGUGUGCAAUGCAGGCUUUUGGUCCAGCCCAGCACUAACACACCUGAUUCACCUAAUCAAGGGCUUGAUUGUUAGUUGAUGAGUUGAAUCGGGUGCAUCAGUGCUGGGCUGGAACAACAAACUGCACAUCGUGUGGUUCAGUAGAGUGUACCAGUAUGUAGUGUCCCUCCCUCCCUGUUGACUUGCCUUGCUGUCUGGCGAUGGACUUAAUCCCAGGACCCCUAGGGGGAGCCACCAUAUACACUGAAGCACCUUUAUUCAAAAGGUUUAGAAAUUGGGUUAAACAUUUGGGCUUGUCCUAAGACUUGCUCUGGCAUACACACACUUUAAGGCUCCAGUCACACACGGGGCCAUGCACUUUGUGUUUUUCCAGUAGUCCCUCACCUGUGUAGUCUCAGUAAUAGGAUCAGAGCUAAUCAGGCCAGCUAACACCUUCAGGUUAAGGUCACUCAGAGAGAUGGCAUUACCUCACACGGUCAUUGAUGAAACGAAAACUGUUUGUGUGCGUGCGUGUGUGCGUGUAUAUUCGUCCUAUCCCGCUCUAGUUACAUAAAGCCAACCGCUCCAGUAUUAGUAGAGUCCUGUUAGUCCUAACCUUCAUUUUAAGUCCUCUGUAGAGAGUCAACUAUGGGCUUGCCAUCAGACUCACAUCAUCCACUUUCACAAGAUGAGUUUGUAAAUGUGAAUCCAAUAUUUCUCUUCUUGGUUCUUCUUCAUUGACGAUGAAUUCUGUUCUUCCAAUGAGCAUUCCUCUAUAACAAUGAUGUGUGUUGAGGUGUUAUACAAUAUGUUACCAAUAAAGAGAACUCUUGUCAAUGCUAA